UAAAGGGGGCGAUGUGGGGUGGAGGGAGGGGAGGGGCCGCCCCCCCAACCCCUCCCGCUCCCCCCUCCGCGAUGUUGGUGCUGCUGGGGCUGCUGCUGGGAACGCGGGGGGCAGGUGCCUUCAUGGUGCACAUGGCCAGCUCCUGCCCGCUGGCAGCCAACGGCUCUCUGCUGGGCUUCGACCUCACCGUGGCCUUCAACAAGAACCCCCUGGUGUGCUACGACCCCGACGUCCGCCGCUUCAACGCCUGCGAUUGGAAGCUGCUGCACAACGUGGCCGGACGGAUUGCCAGCGCCCUCAACAACGGCAGCACCUGGGUGCAGCGCGCAGAGGCGCGGAGACGGGCGUGCAGCAAAGUGGCUGCACGGUUCUGGGCACAGACAGCGCUGCGGAGGACCCAGCCCCAGGUCCGCAUCAUCCCUGCACAGACAGGGAACCCCAGCGUGCCCAUCCGCCUCACCUGCCACGUGUGGGGCUUCUACCCCCCCGAGGUGACCAUCAUCUGGCUGCACAACGGGGACAUCGUGGGGCCUGGAGACCACUCGCCCGUGUCCGCCAUCCCCAAUGGGAACUGGACCUACCAGACACAGGCGGCCCUUUCAGUGGCCCCGGGGCUGGGGGACACCUACACGUGCUCAGUGCAGCACGCCAGCCUGGAAGAGCCCCUCCUGGAGGACUGGCGUCCGGGGCUGACACUAGAGGUGACUCUGAUGGUGGCUGUGGCCACUGUCACGAUGGUUCUGGGGCUCGGCUUGCUUCUCACUGGUGUCUACUGCUGGCGGGCCCAGCCCCCUGCCCCAGGUUACACCCCACUUCCCGGUCACAACUACCCUUCAGGCAGCAUCUGAUGGACACCUUCUGUCACCCACUGUCCCUGUGUGUCCCCAUCCCCAACCCUGAGCCAUGGUGCUGACAUUAAAGACACUCUGCAGCCUC